AUGAGGAGACCAACCCUUCAUGGUAACGAGUUUGUCUCAGCAGAGCGCAUACUACGAGCAGCUCUGGAAGAUGGACCCAUAGGGUUCAUGCUGUUAGAGGAGCCACCAUCAUCACUCCCAGCCUUUGGUUUUGUACCUACAGGCGCAGACAAAGGAGUCGAGAUGGAGGUGGAGGUAGAUAAGGUGGUGACGGCUGCAGACAUACCAAAGCCAUACCAACACCUGCGAGAUGUGUUUGAUGAGGUGGAAGCAGACAAGCUGCCCCAUCAUACCGAGCAUGAUCUCCACCUCGAGUUGAUAGAAGGAGGGAAGCCACCUCAAGGGCCCCUAUACCUUAAGGGACCCAAGGAGAUGUCCGAGUUGAGGAGGUACUUGGAUGAGAACCUCGAGAAGGGGUUCAUAAGACCAUCGAAGAGCCCGGCACGAUCACCGGUGCUCUUCGUACCAAAGAAGGAUGGAGGUCUCAGACUCUGUGUGGACUACAGAGGUCUCAACGAGAUCACUGUCAAGAACAGGGCACCAUUGCCCCUCAUCGAGGAGCAGCUGUUCUUACUCAGGAAGGCAAGGAUCUAUACCAAGCUAGACCUUAGAGCAGCAUACAACCUCAUCCGGAUUGCUAAAGGAGAUGAAUGGAAGACAGCUUUUGGCACUCAGUUGGGACUCUAUGAGUACCUAGUGAUGCCCUUUGGCCUAGCCAAUGCUCCGGCUCACUUCCAGUCAUUCAUCAAUGACAUCUUCCGAGACAUCAUUGGGAUAUAUGUGGUAGUAUACCUAGAUGACUUCCUGAUCUUCAGUGACACUGAAGAAGCACAUGUGAAGCAUGUCACUGAGGUCCUCACUCACUUAAGGAGCAACAGGCUCUUUGCUAAGCUGUCAAAGUGUGAGUUCCACACCAAGACAGUUGAGUUCCUGGGGUACAUCAUCAAGCCAAUGGGCAUAGAGAUGGACCCAGAAAAGGUGCGCACUGUCAAGGAGUGGCCAAUGCCGGAGUCAAUCCAUGACAUCCAGAGGUUCCUGGGUUUUGCCAACUUCUAUCGAAGGUUCAUAGCCCACUUUGCUCGCAUAGCCAAGCCCUUGACAGCACUGGUAAAGCCUAUAGAACGGUUCAAGAAGUUUGAGCUACCAGAGGAGGCCCAACAGGCCUUCCACAAGCUCAUCCAGGCCUUCACAUCAGCAGGAGUGCUUCAGCACUUCGACUACCACCUUCCAACAAGGUUGGAGACUGAUGCAAGUGACUUUGCUAUAGCAGGAGUACUCAAGCAGGAGCAUGAAGGACGAUGGCAUCCAGUGGCCUUCUACUCUAGGAAGAUGUCUUCUGCCGAGAAGAACUAUGAGAUCCAUGAUAAGGAGCUCCUAGCUGUGGUCGCCUGCCUCACUCAGUGGCAACACAUGCUAGCUGGACUACCGAACCAACUGGUCAUCCUCACUGACCAUGAAGCCCUCAAGUACUUCAAGUCACAGAGACGCAUCACAGGUCGACAAGCUCGAUGGGCAAUACUACUAGCAGACUUCGACUUCAUAUUGCAGUAUCGACCAGGAGACAAAGGUGGUGAACCCGAUGCUCUCACCAGAAGGACAGACAUGCAACCAGCCGGUGAAGAGCAGGAUCACAAUGUGAGGCAACUACUGCCUCCUCGAGUGUUCAAGGAGACAGCAGACCAUGACUCGCUCCUAGUGGCCCCCAUGAUCUCGAUGGAGUCCAUAGCAUCAAAAGGUCUCAAAGACCUGGUCAAGAUCUUCCAGCCUUUAGACCAAGAGCUACAGGAGAUACAUAGGAAGAAGCCUUUCGAACUCAAGGAUGACCUAUGGUACAGUGGAGGAAGGCCCUGGGGCUCCAUAUCCCUCGACUUCAUUGAAGGACUACCACCAUCAAAGAAGUAUGACUCCAAGACCUAUGACUCUAUCCUAGUCAUCGUCGACAGGUUAACCAAGUUUGCCAUACUAGCUCCAACCCAUAAGACAGUCACAGCCAAACAGACUGCAGUAUUGCUAUAUGGACACAUGGUUAGACUCUUCAGAUAUCCAGAUCACAUGGUCUCGGACCGAGGCAGGCAGUUCAUAUCAGGAGCAUGGAAGGCAUUUGCAGAGCAAAUGGGUGUGAAGCACUCACUUAGCACGGCCUACCAUCCUCAAACUGAUGGUCAGACAGAGAGAGUCAAUCAGGUCAUAGAGCAAUAUCUCAGGAUGUACUGCAACUAUGAGCAGAAUGACUGGGCCAACCUGCUGGACACUGCGGCCUUUGUAUACAACAACACGGUCCACAACAGCAUUGGUGUCUCACCAUUCUUUGCAUGCUAUGGAUGGAACCCCAAAGCUCAUCCUGACAUCCCUCAACGACUAGGAGUCAAUGAUCCAGGUCGCUUCGAGUACCUCAUGGAUGGAAAGGAGCGUUGCAAGUACCUCCAGGAGCAGAUCAGAGAGGCACAACGUAGAUCAGUAAACCAGUAUAACAGGAAGCACAAGGACAUCGAGUUUAAGCCCACCAUACCAUCACUUCCAGAUGAGGACCUUGACUUCGAAGUCGAAGCACUCAUCGACAAGCGUUCACACAAUGGGACUACGGAGUACAAGGUGUUGUGGAGAGGGUACUCAGAGGAAUCUGCUUCAUGGGAACCAGUAGAGAACCUCAACGGUCCCGACCUCAUCCAGGAGUAUGAGGUGUCGGAGGGGGGACGAGUCGAGUGGAUCCUCAUCCACUCUACUCACCAUACAACUAGUCAAUACUUUAGAAACACAAUAGCCCACUGCGGUCCGGGGAUCACUUCAAAGCAUCAAGUCAACACACUGGACACUCGUGUUGACGCCACCAACCUUAUCACCAACACCAUCAACCUCAUUAUCAUUGACAUCACCAAUCUUAUCAUCAACACCAUCAACCUCAUUAUCAUCGACAUCACCAAUCUCAUCACCAACACCAUCAACCUCAUCAUCAUCAACACCCACACCAGACCUUGGUGUCAUCAUAACAUUGAUAUUGAUCGUGCCGAGCUACCCCUGAACGGAGUGUCCACAGAGGUCAGCCGAAACCUACGAUAG